GCCAUCUUGCUCUUGCCGCGUGCCGGUGUUGGAGGACCCUUCCUGCUUCAGAUUUUUCAACAGCAUGAAUCAAGAAAAGUUAGCCAAACUUCAGGCUCAGGUCCGGAUAGGGGGCAAGGGUACAGCUCGCAGAAAGAAGAAGGUGGUACAUAGAACAGCUACAGCUGAUGACAAAAAGCUUCAGAGUUCUCUAAAAAAACUGGCUGUGAACAAUAUAGCUGGAAUUGAAGAGGUGAACAUGAUUAAAGAUGAUGGGACAGUUAUUCAUUUCAACAAUCCAAAGGUCCAAGCUUCCCUCUCUGCUAACACCUUUGCAAUUACCGGUCAUGCAGAAGCCAAACCAAUCACAGAAAUGCUCCCUGGAAUAUUAAGUCAGCUUGGUGCUGACAGCUUAACAAGUCUUAGGAAGUUAGCUGAACAGUUCCCCCGGCAAGUGUUGGAUAGCAAAGCACCAAAACCAGAAGACAUUGAUGAAGAGGAUGAUGAUGUUCCAGAUCUCGUAGAAAAUUUUGAUGAGGCAUCAAAGAAUGAAGCUAACUAAAAUAUUUUCUGGUUUUUGGAAGCUGGCAUGGACUAGGUUUAACAAAUCAGCUAUGUGGUUCCAAAGUUUUACAGACACGGAGAACAUCACCUGUUACUAGUUCAGUAAUAUAAAUAUUUUGUAUAUUAAUAAUGCUGUUUGUUCAGCAUUUUCGGUCAUUUGAUUUUGCAUUUUGCACUUCCUCCCAGGAUUUAGUCUUUUGGUCAAAAUACUAAGUAUUGGUGCAGUUUGAGGGUGUUUUGGUUUUUGAUUCUUGGUAUUUGUUUUCUGUUGGGGUAUUUUUGGUGUGUGUAUGUGUAUGUAUGUGUGUGGGUUUGUGUGUGUAUACAGUGGAGAGCAAAUUGGAAACAGUUCUAUUUAUCCUCCUCCUUCCCCUAGUAGAAAUAAAACA